AUGGUCGCCUACGUGAUCGAGCACAUGGAGCCAGACGAGCCUCUCGCACCAGGCGACACCGCGCCCGGCUUCCCCCACUGGAUCGCACUCGAGUACGCCCAGAUGCUCAAGUGGGCCUCGCCCGACCUCGUCAUCUUCUCGAGCCUGUCGUCUGCCUCGGUCCAGUCGCUGUCCGACCAGCUCAUCGCCCGCGGCGCAAAGCCCGGCUCGUUCCGCGCAGAGACCAAGAGCGUCCUCGAGCUCAUGAAGGACGAGGGCAUCCCGCUCGACAAGGUCUGCCUCCUCGACCCGCGCGCACCCGGAGAAAUCGCACCAAAGGACGGCGCAGACUACUCCUGGUUCCUGUUCGGCGGCAUCCUCGGCGACGACCCUCCUCGCGACCGUACCGGCCAGCUGCGCGCACACGGCUUCCCCGGGCGGCACCUUGGCCCCGUCCAGAUGACGACCGACACCGCCCUCGGUGUCACGUCCCUGUGCGUCUCGGGCGGCAAGACGCUGUCGACCAUCAACUUUGUCGACCACCCGACCAUCUCGUUCGGCCCGCACGAGGGCGUCGAGAUGCCGUUCCGGUACGUUGUCGACGACAAGUCGGGCGAGCCCAUCCUGCCCGAGGGCAUGCGGGAGCAUCUCAAAGCCGACAUGGACCGCAGCAUGGACGACUUCUAG